AAUGUUAAUACGAGCAGUGUUAGCACUGCUUCUGGCGACCCUCGCCACGGCACACAUCAAACUUGUCUACCCGCCAGCUCGAGCUCCGGCUCUCGACUUUUACAGCUCAUCAAACAGUCAACCACCAUGUGGAGUCAAGAAACCGGCACCCGGAGAAGGUGUCCGAACCUUCAUGAAAGCCGGAUCCACAGUUGAGAUGAAUUGGUUUGUAGCUGUUCCGCAUAUGGGUGGAAUUCGUUUGGAAGUUCUCAACUCGUCGGAUGAGCCAAUUGCCAUUUUCACCAACUUCAAUGAUGCUUUUAACGUGACAGAAACCACGAAAAAGGUGGAGCUUCCACCAAACUUCGAGUGCAAGGACUGUGCAAUCCGAAUGACAACCCAAGCCACCGAAUAUGGAAACUCAUAUUUCUUCUAUUCGUGCGCCGAUAUCAACAUCGUCAACGUGAUUCCCGACGGAGACACGUGUGUCGGAAACGGCAAUCGUAUGAAUGGAGUGUGUCAGUGCUUCGAUGGCUUCUACGGAUCUGAAUGUCAAUUUCAGGACGAGUGCAAGGAGGAUGAUGACUGUGGAGUUCAGGGAUAUUGUCGACUUGGAGGGGAUACUCCAAGACGUCAGUGCUUCUGCCCAACAAGCAGAUAUGGAAAGACUUGUGAACUUGAAUCCGACAGCAUCCGAAGCGUCUCUGACUUUGACGAGACUCUCUACCAAAAACGCGAGGAUCAAGGAAACAAGAUCUACUGGAGACUGCUCAAGGACGAGAUCGAAUUCGUACUCCGUUACCCAGGACAAUCAUGGAUCGCCGUCGGAUGGAAGAGUCCGGAAGCCACCUGUGAUCUUUCAGCUGGUGACUUUGCUGGAAGAAACGUGGCGACCACCUCUUCAUCUCCAUCCUCUACCAUCUCCUCGAUUAUCACCAAUGCCACGUCACGCGAACAGAAUGACGCUGGAGAUCAGGAAUGCGGACCAAAUGAGCAAUGGUCCGAGUGUCCAGAGAGCUCUAGAGAAUGCGAGCAUUCUUGUGAUUGGACGCAUUUCCCGGAGACCACCCCGAACUGCCCGAACAGCUGUGGAACUCCAAGAUGCAUCUGCAAGGAAGGAUUCGUAAGAAUGGCUAACGAUGAGGAUGUUUGUGUUCCAUUCGACUUCUGUGACAAGACUGUUGAGAAUGAGGAGACGUGCGAGGCCAACUCUACGUGGGCAAAGUGCGGAACUGCUUGUGAGCCAACAUGUGCCAAUAUGUACGACACUGCUCCGUGUCCAGCAAGCUGUGAGAAACCAGGCUGCACUUGUGCUGACAACUAUGUUAGACACAAUGGAAAAUGUAUCUAUUGGGGUGACUGCCCAGAGUUGAAGGACGAGAAGGUUACCACCAAGAAACACGAGGUUGUGGAGACUACUCAAAGCACGAUUGACAGAAAUGAAAUCACACAACCCUCGGAAGCUUCUAAGGGAACCACUCAGAAGGUUAUUGUCACUGAAUGCAGUUUGAAUGAGACGUUGAAUGAGUGUGGAAGAGUUUGUGAGGCUGAUUGUUUCUCGAUCUUCACUAGAUCAGAAUGCACAGAUUGUGGAUCAGCGGCAUGUGCUUGCCUUCAGGGGUAUGCCCGUAACCCACAAGGUCAAUGUGUCUACUGGGGAGAUUGUCCGACUGAUGUCCAACCUACAACUUUAAAAUCCACUGCUCCAACAACCCCAGUCCCAACGCAAACUGCUCCUCCAAGUGUGAACGGGGAUGUCUGCUACGGAGACUUCCGCUACCCAGCUGGAUGCUCGGAUUGUGAGUACAAACUCUCUUGGAACUAUAUGGAAGAGACCGACGAGAUCGAGUUCUCCCUCGAGACCCGUGUCAAUGACAACUCUUGGACUGGAGUCGGCUUCAGCAAGGAUGGAACUAUGGUUGACGCCGAUAUGAUCAUCGUGACCACAAGAAACGGAAAGAUUCAGCUGAACGACAUGCAAAGCCGUGGUUACGAUCAGCCAGCAAUGGACGCCGUGCAGAAUGUGAAGAGCAGCACCGACGUCAUCGGAACCUAUUCCAACGGUGUCCUUCGUGCUCAAUUUGUGAGAAAGGUGAACACUGGUGAUGAUACUGAUAAGCAAUUCGAUGGAGAUUCCUGCUGGAAGAUGCUUUACCCGAUUGCCGGCGGAAAAUUGGAUCAAUAUGGAAAUGUGUCAAUUCACUUGAGCACUCCACUAUCGUCUGACAAGCCAGUUUGCAUCAGAAGCUGUACUGGAGGGAAGAAGGCUACUACUAGCUCAGCAUCCUCAGCCCCAGCAUCCUAUACCUGCACCAAUGAAUACCGCUUCCCAGAGGGAUGUGCUGACAAGGACUGCGACUACGUUGCAAAAUGGAACGUUGACUCUGCAAAGAAAGAUGUCCGCUUCGAGAUCACUGCCAAGACCCCGGGACGUUGGACUGGAAUUGGAUUCUCCAGAGACGGACAAAUGACAAAUGCAGAUAUGUACACCGGAUGGUUCUUUGACGGCAAGGCAUACAUCGUGGAUCGGUUUGCCUAUGGAAGACAACUUCCAGCAAUUGAUCCAGCUGACAGACAGGAUAUCUACGAUAUGGGAGGAAAGGUGGAGGAUGAUUUGCAGACUAUUUGGUUCCGCAGAAAGCUCAUCUCCAAGGACACGAAAACCGAUGUCUCUCUCGACGAGUGCCACUACUUCCUGUUCCCAGUUGGUGGAGGUCGUGUGUUGGCUCGCAAGAGCUCUGACUUCACAAACCCCAAGACUCCAAUUGGAUACCACGAUCAAGUUCAGCCACAAGUAUCAGCUACCAAGAUCUGCUUAUGUGAUGAAACCGGAAAGACUGUGUCCCAUGAAACCAAGGCUCCGAUCUCCCGCAGAGUCCGUCGAGCUGCUACUCGUGUUGCCACAAGCGCCAUGCACUGCGCCGAUAUGGUCGUUGGAAUGGUGUCCAAUGGUCGUGCUCGUAUUAUGGAUAUGUACUCACCAUCGAAGGCUACACCUAUGGAGGAUACAUUCUUUGGUGGAGAAAACUCGCUGACUUCUGCCGCCGCCUUCCAGGAGGAUGGAGUCACUACUCUGAUCUUCCGCAAGAAGCUCCAAGCCGAGGAGAAAUGGGAUAACUCGUUUGUUAACGGACCAAUGACAGUUAUCUGGGCUAAGGGCGCGGAUCCUAUGAACUACGUGCACACUACUGGAGGUGCUCCAAUCAAGGCUGCUCCAGAGUUCUUCGAGAAUGCUAUGAAGUACCACGGAAAGAAUGCCAGAGGUGUCAUGACAGUCAACUUCUUCGAGGAAGUUGAAACAUCUGUAGAAUCUCGCCCACAGCCACCAACAGUCCAUGGAAUGCAUUUGGAGGACACAUGUGAAGGUAGUAUCCGUCAUCCAGAAGGAUGUACUGGAGAGCAGUGUAUCUACACCAUUUCCUGGAUUUCUGAUGGAUCAGUAGCCCGAUUCACGAUUCACGGAGCACUGCAGACAAGCCAAUGGACUGCCCUCGGAUUUUCCACUGAUGGAAACAUGGCUGCCGCUGAUGCAGUAGUCAUUGGAAUCCAGAACAAUGCAGUAAUGGUGACAGACCAGUUCAUGCCAAACUACGGAAGACCAGUGGUGGAUGAGCAGCAGGAUAUCUUCGAUGUGGAGACCACUUAUGUCAAUGGAUACUUGACUGCCAACUUCUCUCGUGAACUUCACAGCGAGGAUGAGUUCGAUGUGGAUCUUCAGGAAUGUGUCUUUUUGCUCUAUUCUCCAUUCGGAGGAGUUAUUGAAAAGAACGGAGAGAUUAGAAAGCAUGAGACGACGCCGCUCAAGAGUAAGUCGAAGAUCUGUUUGAACAAGUGCACUGAGCAGAAGGUUAUGGAAGCUACCACAACUACCGACGCACCUGAAGAGGUUACAGCUGAGACUAGCACAACAACUACAACAGAUGUUAAACCAGUUCCAACGUCUACCAAGAAGACCAUCUCAUCAUCUGGAACCACAACGAAGGUCCUUAUGCCACCAAUGCACACCAAACACUCCUACACUGUCUACGAGCCAGAAGUCUCUGCCAAGCGUCGUUACGGCCUCCGCGUCAGAAUUCUCAACCGUGAAUUCAACGAGGCACUCAACGAUCCAAAGACAGGAUACUACCAAGAUUUCACCAAAGAAGUCACUCAAUCAAUCGACGAGCUUCUCGCCAAGAGAUGGAAGGGAAUGCGAGUCUCCAAGAUUGUCGGCUACGAAAAAGGAUCAGUCAUCGCCGAGUUCGAAGUGGUCGCCAUGGAAGAUACCGCCAAGCCUAUGGAGCUCAAAUCAAUGGUUGAGGAGAAUGCGGUUCGUGGUCAAAUCGGAGCCUUCUCUAUCGAGCCAUCAACCGUUAAAGUCACUGAGGUCGAUACCACCACUGCUCCAUCCAAUGAGGAAACUCUCACAGAUUGGCGAAUGUGGCGCAACAUCGUCGUCAUCGCUGGUUGCUCAGUGGCUACUGCUAUUGCUGUAUUAUGCAUUUGCUACAUGUGUUGCUCAAAAUGCAAAAAGAGGACCUAUACCGCCUACCCAGUCGCCGAUCAUCACAUGUCGUACGCCAGUAGAAUGUUAAACGAGAAAGGAGGAUUCGACAAUGCCAUCUACCACCAACCACAGCGAUUCUAUUCCCAAACGACGGUCGCAUCGACCAAAGUAACAUCGGCCUCUGCUGCUCACGGUGCCGACCCAAAUGGAAAUAUUGAAGGACCACCAGGAGGUGUUGGAGAGACUACUUACGCCGAGUGGUAUUCUAAGGUCGGAUCAAAGCCCGCAUCCCAACAACACGAAGAAGUCCCACCACAACAACAGCAGCCACCAGUCCAGUCCCGACCACCAUCCACGACGCCAUACGUGUCAUAUCCCAACGAUCCGACAGGCUACUACACGUUGGGCGGCCGUCAUCGGCAGAACUCGGCGAGCUCGAAUAAUAAGUAUGCCACUAAGUAUUAGAUAAUCUUUAAUAUAUUUAAUAUAUCUGUUUGACUUUAUCUCAAUCUUCGGUGUGCGCGAUCACGCUUCAUUUUUUGUUUGUUUUUAAUUUUUUAUUUCAAACUUCGAGUAGUGGUAUUGCGGAUUUUUUGUUAAGAUUUUGAAUAACCGCGCAAAUUAACUUCCCCGCACUGCAGCUAUUACGGAAACAAAUUUCUGAGAAUGCGUAUUGGGCAAAAUUUUUGACGCGCAACAUAUCUUGUAGCGAAUUCGAUUUUGUUACGUUUCAAAAAUCGAGCCCGUAAAUCGACACAAGCGCUACAGUAGUCAUUUAAAGGAUUACUUUAGUUUUCGCUACGAGAUAUUUUCAAACAUGUUGCCAAAUACGCAUUCACAGAAAUUUGUAUUCCCGUAAAACCUAUCGAUUUUUGCUGCCUGGCCGCGGAGAAAACUCGGCCACGCCGCAAAUCUCCAAAUAUUUUAUUUCCCCCCGCCCUUGCUCAUGUCGAUUGUAUAGUGUCUUUCUUAUUUUUUCCACCCUCCCAACUUCCCCCAAAACUUGUACUGGUGUCUGUUCUGUUUCUUUUUUUAAAUUUUGUGUUUCCCAACUUCUCAGAUUUUCAGAUUUUUUACAAAAUUCUAAUCAUAAAGAUUUAUUAUU